AUGGCAUUAGCGGCCUCACUCGUAGUAGGGGCAUUCUUGGAGAAGGGGCCCCGCAGGCAGUUACCGUCCAUGAGGCCCUUAAGGAGGGGCAAGAGAAGGGACGCUUUUUCCCAAGGCGUCCGGGAGAAUCACAACAAAGAAAGAUGCGAUUUUCGAAGGGAAGAGCGGAGAACGAAGCGAAGAGACGUUUCUGGACAGCAGCCUGAGAGCGAAAACAAUCUGAUAUUUGAGAGAUGCAAAUGCGAAGUCGCAAUUUAUGAAGUCUUUAUUUUGACGGGAAAAAUCGGAGCACCACUGUUGAGAGUUACGGACGCUCUAAGGACGGUUGAGAAUAGAAAGGAAGAAGAGCAAGCAAAAGAGAAGGAGAGAAAUAAUGCUAGGUCGUGGAAAGCGAAGGGGAAGGAACGAGGUGAAGCUCGCAAUUGUCGUUUCCAUAGUGAUUUAUAUCUCGAAAGUCCGAGCAUCCAAGGAAGCUAUAAGAGACCGGUCGUUCCCAGUAGGCGCUCAGUUAGAUCAAAAUCGUUCGAAGGAGUUCCAUCGCCAACUCCAUUCAAACGGCAGUCGAGAUUCAACGCAUCAGCGAGUCAUCAGCAAGCAGAUUUCGCGCGAGUUUUCGUUUUACCGUUCUUCAACAUGCGUGAAUGUAUAUCCGUCCACGUGGGGCAGGCGGGAGUACAAAUAGGAAAUGCUUGCUGGGAAUUGUACUGUUUAGAGCAUGGUAUUCAACCCGAUGGACAAAUGCCGUCAGACAAGAUACUUGGAGGUGGUGAUGAUAGUUUCAACACCUUCUUCAGCGAAACCGGCGCUGGGAAACAUGUACCCAGAGCGGUCUUCGUCGAUCUCGAACCGACCGUCGUGGAUGAGGUGCGUACAGGCACAUAUCGGCAACUCUUCCAUCCGGAGCAGCUAAUAACUGGCAAAGAGGAUGCUGCCAACAAUUAUGCACGUGGCCAUUAUACGAUCGGCAAAGAAAUAGUGGACCUCGUUUUGGAUCGCAUUCGCAAGCUGGCAGAUCAAUGCACAGGACUUCAGGGCUUCUUGAUUUUCCAUUCGUUUGGCGGUGGCACCGGUUCUGGCUUCACAUCUCUGUUGAUGGAACGACUAUCGGUAGAUUACGGGAAAAAAUCGAAACUCGAGUUUGCGAUUUAUCCGGCGCCUCAGGUCUCUACAGCCGUUGUCGAACCGUAUAAUUCGAUUCUUACGACGCACACCACCCUCGAGCACUCCGAUUGCGCGUUCAUGGUGGAUAACGAGGCCAUAUAUGACAUUUGCAGACGCAAUUUGGACAUUGAACGGCCAACUUACACUAAUUUAAACCGCCUAAUCGGCCAGAUCGUGUCUUCGAUCACGGCUUCGCUGCGCUUCGACGGCGCGCUCAACGUCGACCUGACAGAAUUUCAAACGAACCUGGUGCCCUAUCCCAGAAUUCAUUUCCCUCUAGUCACCUACGCUCCCGUCAUAUCCGCAGAAAAGGCAUAUCAUGAGCAACUCUCUGUUGCCGAGAUAACAAACGCCUGCUUCGAGCCCGCAAAUCAGAUGGUCAAAUGUGACCCUCGUCAUGGAAAGUACAUGGCAUGUUGCAUGCUCUAUAGAGGCGAUGUAGUGCCGAAGGAUGUUAACGCGGCAAUCGCGACUAUCAAGACCAAACGCAGCAUUCAAUUUGUUGAUUGGUGCCCGACGGGAUUCAAGGUCGGCAUCAAUUAUCAACCGCCCACCGUCGUUCCCGGCGGUGAUCUCGCCAAGGUGCAACGUGCCGUCUGUAUGUUAUCCAAUACAACGGCGAUUGCUGAGGCCUGGGCGCGGCUCGAUCACAAAUUCGAUCUGAUGUACGCGAAGAGAGCCUUCGUACAUUGGUACGUCGGUGAAGGGAUGGAAGAAGGUGAGUUCUCAGAGGCACGGGAGGAUCUCGCCGCUUUGGAGAAGGAUUACGAAGAAGUCGGCAUGGACUCUACCGAUGGCGAAGGAGAUGGUGCGGAAGAAUACUAAAGAUUAGAUCGAGAUUUCUAUUUUUAUUUUUUCAUAUUUCGUAUAUUUAUACUGUGACGCUUGCCAUUUAUCGCUUGUCGCGAGUUUUGCUUGAUUUUGUAACGCAAUUCGAAGCGAUCUACUGCGAUUUGUUAACUUUGCUUCUUAUUCGAUCCCGAUCUGAUCCUCGUGGAAUUUUUGACAAGAGGAGCAUAUUCGGUUCCUUAUAAUAAUUUGUCACUUGGUAUUGCUCGAAGAAACAACUACUGAAAAAUAUAAGCACAUCUAAAAAUA